UUUUCUCCUAUCUCUAUCGUGGCAGAACUUCAGAUAUUCGUUUACAGCUUGAUUCACGGCAAGCACCUUUGUUGUCUCGUCAUUGACUUAUUUCGCUAAAGCGGUGGUUGACCAAGUAAAAUAAAAAUGAAGUUUGUAAUGUGUGCCAUCUCUUGCUUCCUCCAAGUUGGUCUGCUGAUGUCUAUUCCCUUUGGUGACCCAUGCAGCACCAGUGCAAUCAGGUCAGUGGACUUUUAAAAAAAAGGAUAAAAAUAAAGUCUGUGUCAUUUCAACCUCAUUGUGUGUCGCGUUUUGUUUGUUUUUGUUUGUUUUUCAGUUUUAUUUGUUGUUGUUGCUGUGCCUGUUUCUUCUUCUUUACAUUAAGGGCCCACGAUCAAUGUACUGAUCAUUCUGGCUCCUACGGAUGCAGAGGCAUUUGACGUGUAGGUGAGGAUCAGUUGAGAUAAUCUACAUACCCGGUCACACAAUUUUCGUCUGUAUAGCAGAAAUUAGGACAUUUUUAAGUAGGCCAAAGCCAAAUACGACACUAACUGUGCACUAGUGUGCACUUUGUGAAAACAAAAAUAUGAUAAUAUAUAAUAUGCAUUUGUACUCCGCAAAAGCAAUACCUCAUUACUCAUGCACGUGUUUACUUAAACAUGACAACUCAAUUCUCCUGUUAGCUUUGAAUUAAAUAGAACCAUCUUUAAUUAUCAUUAUGUAAAAUUGAAAUCUUACCGAGAAACUAACAACUACUUCACCUUUUAAGCCGUCUUUCGGGACCGGAAGAAGUCUAUGAGGUGAACAUCCCCAAAAAUUGUACGUCUGGUGAGAUUGACUGGAAUUACCCCAGGGUAAGAUUGCACCCUUUAAAACAGUUAUUAUUUUAACAGUCUAAUUUUUUUAAUUUAACAUAUUAAAACCCCAUAGUAAAUUAGUAAAUCAAAUCAUUUUUAAAAAAAAAAAACGUUAGUUUUAAAAAUAAAUAUUUCUUUGCUUCUCAUUUUGAAUUUAAAACAGAGCUUUAAAUUGUUGCUUCAACCAAAUACGCUGAUGGGUCUCAUGGGUGUCAUUCGGUGUCAACCUGAUGGGUCUCAUGCGUGUCAUUCGGUGUCAACCUGAUGGGUCUCAUGCGUGUCAUUCGGUGUCAACCUGAUGGGUCUCAUGGGUGUCAUUCGGUGUCAACCUGAUGGGUCUCAUGGGUGUCAUUCGGUGUCAACCUGAUGGGUCUCAUGGGUGUCAUUCGGUGUCAACCUGAUGGGUCUCAUGCGUGUCAUUCGGUGUCAACCUGAUGGGUCUCAUGGGUGUCAUUCGGUGUCAACCUGAUGGGUCUCAUGGGUGUCAUUCGGUGUCAACCUGAUGGGUCUCAUGCGUGUCAUUCGGUGUCAACCUGAUGGGUCUCAUGGGUGUCAUUCGGUGUCAACCUGAUGGGUCGCAUGCGUGUCAUUCGGUGUCAACCUGAUGGGUCUCAUGCGUGUCAUUCAGUGUCAACCUGAUGGGUCUCAUGGGUGUCAUUCGGUGUCAACCUGAUGGGUCGCAUGCGUGUCAUUCGGUGUCAACCUGAUGGGUCUCAUGCGUGUCAUUCAGUGUCAACCUGAUGGGUCUCAUGCGUGUCAUUUAGUGUCAACCUGAUGGGUCGCAUGCGUGUCAUUCAGUGUCAACCUGAUGGGUCUCAUGCGUGUCAUUCAGUGUCAAGCCCAAGAUAUAUUGAGACCUUAGCUAUUCAGUCAAAUAUAACAAAGACUGGAUGAGAAGUCAAGUCCGUCCUAUGCGUUUACAAAACAAAGCCCAUUACAGCAUCGCACGUGAAUAUUUUCACAUAAACACCGAAAACCUACACAUUUACACACUAACACACACACACACAUACACAUAUUAACACUCUGACACACAUACACAGAUUAACACACUAACAUACACAUAGGACUACACACCCUACCUUUCGGAAAAUGACUAUUAGUAACAAUACAAAUUUUAUUUAAAUGUUCAUGUUAUAUCAAGUAGCUGACGAAUUGCAACAUUUCAUUUCGUGAAAACCUUGGGUCACUAUUAAUCAUUACAUUUCUUUUAUAUUUCACAGCAAUGACGUAAUGCUUUUGCUUGUAUUUUAACCUUGUCAUCCAGUUGUUUCAAUUCACAUUCCUUUAUGUUUACUGUAAAAUUAGAGUUUUCUAAAACAACUCAUUUUUUUUUUUACAGACAAACAUGUUUUCGGUUUACAAAGUAAUUUGUAAUUCUUUAAAACCUAUGCUCAUUAAUUGAUCCCUUAAAAAGUUAAUCUUUUUCAUUGUAAAGUCUAACUUUCUUAAACACAAAUGACAUACUUAUUGGUACGUCAAUAGCGUCAGACUUUCUUUUUAGGGCUACCUCCAUGUAAAACUCUCCAAACUCAGAGUCACUUACUCGCUGUGUGUUGUAGAAGGGUGGGCCACUUGGAUAAAGGGGGUUAGAGAGUUGACUGGCGGAGUCAACAACACACUGAACAUGCCAACUGCAGGUGAGUGCUUUUGGGUGUUGGUUUGAGUGAUUGUGGUGUAAAGUGUGCCGAAUAUAAACAACGUCCCAUGCACACAUACCAACAAAAAAAAAAAAAAAUUCCAAUCUUGAAGAAGAAAACGUUACCAAGUCAGCAGCGUGAACUAAUAUGACGCCAUUUGGGCGAACAAAAGGUUCAGCUUGGAUUCAUGGCUAGUCGAUAGUUUAACUCUACCCGAAUUUAGCUCAUUCAAAUGCUGUUUGGCGAAUUUAUUUUAUAGAAGGGAUAGGAGGAGAGUGAUAAGCUCAGUUGUACCUAAAGGCCUUUGCUUCAUAACCCAGCUGUUGGGCAAUGCAGUACAAAAAAUUUGGAACCUAAGACUUAUCUGUCACUCCCACCCACCUCCCCCCCACCCCCAAAGACAUUAGGUAAGUUUACAAACAAUAUAAUCGUCAGGACUUGAAAAUAAAGAUAAAAUUAAAUUUUUAUAGACUAUUACUUUUCUAAUACUUUUAAAUGCUGAUGGAGCUCAUAGAACGGACCAUCUUACCGAUAGAAGGUUGUGUACUCUUUACCCCUGCCCUAUUUAAUCACCCCCGCCCCAUAUUGUAUUCCCCCACCCCACUCGUCAAAUAAAAGAAAGUCUUUGUCACAAAGUGAAAUCGACGAGCUAAUAUGAACAAAUAAAAUAACACUUCAGUGACCAUUCUUUGGCCCAAUAUAUAUAAUAUAUUGUAGCCGGGGGGGGGAAAAAGAAAAUUUCUCCCCCCAAAAAUGUAACCUUCAAAGAAAUUUUUAAUAUUAAUCUUAAUUAAUCUUGACAUUUAGUUUUUUCCCACAUUAUUUUGUAUGGGUUAUUUUGAUUUUAAUAGCUGUUAGUUUUAAUUUGCUCAAUUGGAUUCGUGGUGUUGGCACAAGAAUCUUUACCGUUGCAAACUUAAAAAAAUAAAACACGAUAAACUAACAACACACAUUUUUUUUUCCUUUCAUUUCUUCAGGUCACCCAGCUUGUACUAAGGCUGUCGACGGAAGUACCGAGUUACUGGUAUUGGCUGAGGACACGUUAUUUUACAUGAUAUCAUUUAACUACACUGUUGUAGGGAAAUAAGCAUUCUCUGUAUCAGAAUUUGCAAAUAAAUGAAAAUCUAAUUUCAAACAUUUCA